CGCCUUAUAAGACGUCAUGCGAGCGGCCAAGCGUGUACUGUGUGAAUUGGCUGCCUGGGGAAGUCCGACGUCAUUCAGGUCUAUAGGUAUAGCGACGAUAUCAAAGCAUGCUGGCAACGGUCGAUAUACUCAAUCAGGCGCGGAAAGGAAGACGAAGAAGUCCAAGAACUUCCCAUCCACUUCCUAACCUACCCGAUCCAUCCACUUCAUCAUCCUUGGUACCGCCGACCCAGAACAGGAACUCUACAAACGUGGCUAAAAUCCACUGGCAAGCGGCUGUUAAUAAAGUCAUGAGCAACUCAAGUGGUCUUGGAGCUGAAGGUGCUGUUGCCCUAAAGACUCCUUCAACAGACUCCACAGCCGUUGGAAUGACAACAGCCGAGAUAACUCUGAGAAGAAGGAAGUUACGAAAGUGGAGAAAUGACAGAAAGAAAAUGCUUUACCAAAAAUUUCGCCGAGUGGCGUGGCUCGCUAUCUUGGUUCGACGUAUAUGCCGUAUGCAUUACAUUGAAGUCAGUGAUUCGGCUCAUCUUUCCUUCGCCCAAGUAGAUUCUACACGUGACAGCACUGACGUCUUGUUCGACGUCACGCAAUUCAAAGCCAAGAAACAGAAACUACUUCCUCAAGAGGCACAGAAAAUUCUACAAGCCCCUCCAGAUGAACGAAGCUUACAAGAGAUACAUUAUGUUCAAAUUGCUAUUUGUGGGUUAAAGGCCAUAGCAGCAUACCCUGUACGGAUGCAGAAAAGUCUGGCUAGGGUUGGUUGGUACGAGGCUUACGGGCCAAACCGAGUUAUCAUCAGAGAAGGACACAAACCCCAAGCGUUCUACUUCAUUUGCUCUGGCUCAGUUGUGGUCACUGUGAUGGAACCAGGAAGGCUAACACAACGGACUGUCGCCAUCUUGAAAAGAGGAGACAGCUUUGGUGAGCUAGCAAUACUAAAUGAUAGUAGACGAACUUCAACCGUCACAUCCCGCAAGAAUCUGCAACUGCUUGUCAUUUCUACUCAGGAUUUUAUGAGGAUCUUUAUGUCAGGGGGAGUAAAACGACUUACUGAUCCGGAUCACUUAGCCUUCAUACGGAGCAUUGAUUUCUUGAAAGGGUGGCCAAUACAGCUGUUGGAUCUACAACCAAAGCAAUGUGUCUUUAAUUUCUUUAGAAGAGGUACAGUGUUGGUGAGAGACAGCAAGUACUCAGACUGGAUCUACAUCGUCAAAUCGGGAAGCUGCUCCGUGGUCAUGAGAUUGAGCAAAGCCAACACCAAUGCGAUGUCCUCCAAGCACAAAGGCAAGAAAGGUAAUUUCUAA